AAAUUUGCCGGACCGUGGGGUCCCGCGUGGAUUCGGUGUCUGUGGGUGGCCAGAAUUUUCGGGGCGGCUGUGGCAGAGUGGUUUGUCUCCCCUUUCGUCAUCAAGCCCAGCUGCCUCCCCUCCUGCAAGGGGCAGAGCUAUCCGUGUACCCGCCCCUGCCGAUGUGCCAGGAUCUGGCUGCCCUUGCCAGAGCCGGCAAACGUUUCGGUGGGAGAUUUAUCUAACUGGGUGUUGUCUGGGGAUGGCGGCUGGGGUUUCUGGUUAUCGCUGGUGAGGCAGGAGGGUGGGCCUGGAUAUUUUGCCCCCCUUCCCCAGCAUCCAGAGCUCCGGCACAGGAAGGUGGGGGCCAGGCGUAGAAGAAAGGGAGGAAAUGUGGUAAGAGGCAACGUUUCCCCCGCUGCCGGUGCAACUGCGCUCACUGGUGCCAGACGAUGGAUCCCCGCCGGAGCUGGGGGGCGAUGGCUUUGCUCUGCCUCCUCGUGCCGAGGGGGCGCCCCGAUCAUUGCCGGGUAUCCAUCUCCCCCGAGGAACCGACGGUGGAGUUUGGCACCUCCCUCCUCUUCAACUGCACCAGCUCGUGCCGUAACUACAGCCGGCUGAACUGGGAGGUCUCCAUCACCAAGAUGGGGGCGCAGGGACCCGGUUGGGUGUCCCUCAAUAUCCCCAACGUCACCGACUGGAGCUUGGAGCUCCAGUGUUUCGGCAUGUUCGGGGGGGAGCGGGUAAUCACAAGCACCACUCUCCGCGCUUACCGGUUCUCGCCCCCCCAAAUUUAUCUGGAGGGUGACGUGGUGGCGGGCAAAGAGGCGCGUGUCACCUGCAACGCGUCCGCCCAGGUCUCCCGCUCCGACCCCCCAAAUCUUAGCCUGACGCUGCGGGGUGGGGGGCUCCCCCCCAGCACCCACUGGGGUCCCUCCGUGGCGUUGGAUUUCACGGCGCGGCCGGAGCAGCACGGCCAGGAGGUGACGUGUGAGGCCGUGUUACAGCUUGGGCGCCAUACGGUCAACGCCAGCGCCACCACCGCGCUGCAGGUCUGGGCCGCCCCCCACGAUGUCCGGGUGCGGGCAUCGCGCACCGUAUUCACCGCCGGUGCAAACCUCACGGUGAUGUGCCGGGCGGAGGGGAACCCCCCGCCGCGGUUCCGCUGGGAGCUGCCCACCAACGCCGGCUGGGAGCUGCAGGACGGCGGCACCACCGUCACCAUCCCGGCUGGCCAACGGGCGCACGGUGGCACCUACCGCUGCCUGGCCGAGAACCGCUACGGCACCGGCACUGCCAGCAUCGACAUCCUCUUCCAAGCAUCCUCCCGCAGCCCCCUGAUCCCCGUGGUCGUGACCUUGGCUGUGGUCGUCACGCUGGCCGCUCUCACCGUCACCUGGUGGUUUUCCCGUGCCCGAAGCUGGAAGCCGAUGCCGGAUGGAUCCCAGCCCAACUAGUCCUGCCUGGCCACGCUGUACGUGGGAGCAAAGAGCAAUUUUCCUCCAUC